UUCAAAAGGCCAAUCAGGAACAAUAUGCAGAAGGCUGCUUCAGGGAAGAAGACAUCUGGUCUGCAACAGAAAAAUGUUGAAGUGAAAACAAAGAAGAACAAACAGAAAACACCUGAAAACAGAGAUGGUGGGAGUACCAGUGAGACACCUCAGCCUCCUAGGAAGAAGAGAGCCGGGGUAGAUCCAACUGUUGAAAAUGAAGAAACAUCGAUGAACAGAGAUGAAGUUAAAGUGAAGAUUCCUAUGGAGCUGAAACCAUGGCUUGUGGAUAACUGGGACCUGAUCACCAGACAAAAGCAGCUUUUUUAUCUGCAGAAGAGUGUGGAUUCCAUUUUGGAGGAUUAUGCAAACUAUAAGAAGUCUCCAGGAAAUAUAGAUAAUAAGGAGUAUGCUGUUAAUGAGGUUGUAGCAGGGAUAAAGGAGUACUUCAAUGUAAUGUUGGGCACUCAGCUACUCUACAAAUUUGAGAGACCACAGCAUGCUGAAAUUCUGGCCGAUCACCCAGAUGAACCCAUGUCCCAGGUGUGUGGAGCACCACAUUUACUGAGAUUAUUGGUGCGAAUUGGAGCGAUGUUGGCAUAUACACCUCUAGAUGAGAAAAGCCUUGCUUUAUUACUGAACUAUCUACAUGAUUUCCUCAAGUACCUGGCGAAGAAUUCUGCAACUCUCUUCAGUGCCAGUGAUUAUGAAGUGGCCCCUCCUGAGUACCAGCGGAAAGCCGUGUGA